CAGGUUGGACAGCAUUUGGACUUGGAAUGAAACAAUAAGAGGUUACAUUCAUGGAUAACCAACAAGAUAAGGCUGUUGUUGCCUCAGCCAACGGAGAAAACACUCUGCUUAAUGGGGUCAAAGAAAAUGACUCGGAGGACCAGGAAAUGGCAAUGAAAUCAUUUACAGCUCUAGAGGCUGCUGCACCAAUCCAGCCUGUCCCGGUGGCUCAGAAAGAGACUGUGAUGUAUCCCAGGGGUCUCCUGCCUCUUCCCUCCAAGAAGCCUUGUAUGCAGAGCCCCUCGUCUCCUUUGGGCCUGAUCGAAGCACCUGAACAUGCUGCUAAUAGUGCUUCUGUGAAUGCCAUCUCCCUCACAUCCGGCAUUGCAAAAGGCCUAAACACAUGGUCACUGCCCAAUGAGUGCGAGAAAGCUCCAUUUGCCAUAAUGGAGCCUGCGGGCAUGUCAGCUCUGAAUGGGGACUGCCUCAUGCAGCCAAGCCGGACUUGCUUGGGCUGCUUCAUGGAAUCCAAGGAUGCAGUAGAUCCUGAGCCAGGAAUCAGUCUUAAAGUCGGCGAUCUACAUAGGGAUUAUGAAACCUGUGCGGUCUCUGACAUAGGGAUUCAGUGCAUUAAUGCUGGAGAAAACAUGAAAUAUGGAGAGCAGCUGCUCUCAGACCAGCUCCUCGGCUUCCCCCUACAGAAAUCAAGGGCGGGAGAUAGACGAGAAGUCGAGAAAGCUGACAUCGACUUGGAGGAUCCGGCUCAGAAAAGUUAUUAUGAGGCGUUACUGUUAGAUAAGUGCAAUACAGAAGAGGCUUUGCUGGCCAAUUCCAAUCAGGAUUGGGGUUACUUCGAGACUUUCAUUAGUGAGAGUAAGAUCGAACUGCUCGAUCUCUGCUCCAAGAAUGAGCUGUCCGUCAACCUGUUCUCUGAGGAAGAUGUGGAUAACUACAUGUUCGAUGAUGACGAGUCAACACUGGGCAGUGAUGUCUGCUCCCUGAAAAUUCGAUAUGAGUCCUUCCAGGACAACGUUCGAGAUAAGACCACCCUUCUGAUGCAGGAGGAUGCCCAAUUCAACUUUUUCCCCAGUGUGUUUACUACCUGCCCAAAGCGGGAGUCUAAGAGCGGGGCCCUGAGGCAGAGCAGUGAUCUUUCACAAUUCAAGGUCCCCGAUGUGAGCAUCAUCUGGGGGGAGGAAGAUAAACACCCGGACAAGAAGAAAGGCAAAGAAGAAGGACAGGAAGACAAAGGUGCACAGAAAAAAGACGAAAAGGAUAAUGGAGAAAAAUCUGCCUUAAAUAAACCAUGCGGUGGGACUGAGGGAGGGCAAUUUAAGAAUCCAAAGCAGGGCCAUCUUGCCAAUUCCUUAGAGGCUUUAGGAAAUUUCGGUGAUGACAGUUCCUUCAUUGAGGUUUCUUACGACGCCAUGGGGGAGAUCAAAGACUGUAGCCGCUAUAUGGCUCGGGACACUAACUCUGGCAGCUCCUCCUCCCAGCAGAACUAUGGGCUGCGAGCCAAGAGAAAAGUCAGAUACAGUGAAGAUUAUCUAUAUGAUGUCGACUCGCUGGAGGGUGUAAAAGUAAAUGAGAGGAAGGAAUGGCUUCCAGGUGGUUCUAAAGAGGAAGACGAUGACGAGUGGCAUCCCAAAAAAAGAAGAAAAGUAACCCGCAAAGAGCCCCCCGUCAUCAUCAAGUAUAUUAUCAUCAAUCGCUUCAAAGGUGAGAAGAACAUGCUGGUGAAGUUGGGUAGAGUAGAUGCCAGUGAGACCACAGUGAAUCUGAGUGAGAAUCAGCUAAGCAAAUAUUCCAAGCUGGCCCCCUUGAAGGGCUUCUGGCAGACGAAGAAGCAGAGAAACAGCAGCACAGAUGCCAGCAAGACACACCUAGGCCCAAAGCAAAACUUUGAACCAGGUAGCUUCGAGGUGUCAUUCCUGCCACCUGCUCGCAAACGAAAAUCCAAACUUGGCAACAGGCACAGGAUUCAAAGAAUUUCAUCCGUGGAAACUUCGGCAAGCGGGAAGCAGGUUUCGUUCUGCGGCGAUCAGAAGCAAGCUAGCUGUCGCAAAGAAGACGGAAGUCUGAAAAGUAUGCUGAAAUCAGCAGCCCUGGCCGCCCCCAGCUGUGCGAAUGGAUCACCUUUGAAUGGCAUUGCAGGCCCUGACUUAGCGAAAGUCAAAGGCCAAGACGCAGAAUUUAAGGGGCCAGAGAGGAAGGUGCUCAAUAAAAUCAAAUUUAGAAGCGAAGCCCGAUUAAAAUCUAAGAAAAUCAAAGCUGGGCAAGAAAGCAAGCCGGUCGUUCACAUGAGCCCUCUUUUGGAAGAGCGAUCCUCCAAGGCUGAUUUAAAGAAUGAAGCUGUUCCCGAGACCUCCAACGGUUCCCAUCCAUCUGAAUUCCAUGAGGCAAAAGUUGCUAAGAAUUCUACUUUCCUACCGACAACCUGCUCUUCUGAAAUACCUCUAUCAUCCGCUAAUGUUGCCACCAAUAUACCUGUUAUUCCCGGAGGGUAUCUGCAGACGUUGCUAGAUGCUUCCGACUUGUCAAAUAAUACCGGUAUCUCAUACUUCACUCAGCAGUCUCCAGAGCAAAAUGAACGCAGCCUCGCUCAAACAGAAAAGUCGUUUGUACCUCUGCAGCCUGCCCAGGACUGCGUGGAUUCCUCGCCCUCCGAAUCUGAGCUGCAGCAGUCACCCCAAAACUUCAAAAUAGAAUCAAGCAACUAUGGAAAUGCGUGGCCCACCAAGCCUACUUCGGGUUCCCAGGAAUUCAUGACUGAAGUCUCAAGAGAAACAGCUCCAACCCCAUCCAGUGAAUUUGGAGUCUCCCAAGUAGAGUCCAUGGAAAGUAAUGCCACAGCUACAACAUACAGUCCAAUCUGCCUGAAUAGUGGUGGCAAUAGUUGCAACAAGGUCCUGUAUGCCUCUGUGCAAGACAGCCAACAACUGCCAUCCGAUGACUCUUAUCAAUUAUGUCACUUUAAUAACGGAGGGGUCUGCUUUCCUUUUCAGCAGGGCCUAGUCAACAUGGAUGAUGGUCGACUCUUCAGCUUCGAUUCCAUGGCCCCACUCUCUGUCAACUCAAACAAUUAUUGCUCCUUAAGCUUGAAGUCUUGCGAAAAGGAUGGCGAUGAGGAUAUCGCUGAUGACUUCUUGGCCCAUUGCAGCCCCAAGCUGGUGAUCCAGCAGAGCGUCGAUGAAGUAGCCCCGCUAAAGGAAUCCAGUGACCUGUUAGAUAUCUCCAACUUCACUCCUGACAAAUUCCGCCACUCUUCCCUCUCAGAGAUGUCCCCACCUGACACCCCCAGUCUUUCCCCUCAGAUUACCAGAUGCGAGAGUAUGAAGACACUAGGAACACUGAAGGAGUUCCAGGAGGGUGCCCCAGGACCACUGGGCAAUAUGGACAAGAUCAAGUGGGAGGAUGGAUUUGCUUUAAAUAACCAUCAGUUUCAGUUUCAUAUGUUCAACGAUGAGGAUUCCGUCAGCGUGCUCCCCAAAAACCCUUGCUUAUCAACGUUCGACGAUCCAUCUGGUCAAACGAAUACCAACAACAAAGUGUCAAAAUCAAGAAAGAGAAGUUCACCCAGCAAGAAUGGGACUGUGAACCAAAGCUCUUCUCAGAAAAACACUAGAAAAAAAUCCCCCAAAGCCACCAACAAAGGGAUCGAAAAGCCAUCUGGUAAAACCUCCCGCCAGGUCCCUAAGUCAACAAAGAAAGGGAAAUACAUGGCCGCAAUCCAUGGAGAGAAGAUGCAAAUUGGCAUUGGCCGUGGGGGAGGUCAGAUCAACAGCAUCUCCUCCACAGGGAAGACAUUGGCCGAAUGUGCCCAGCAUGGUGGCACUGGGGCCUCUAUGAAAAUGCCAAGUCAGAAGGGACUUUCUGGAGAUUGGGCUUUGCGGAAGGAGAGCAGCCCGGGCUGGAGUGACAUGAGCAUGAGCACCAACACCAACAGCCUCCUGGAUGAUGACCAGCGGGAAUUUCAGGAGCCUUCCUAUAUCUUGUCCAACAUUGCCUCUGGUAUGGCAGACGUGCAGAGAUUCAUGAUGGCCUCCAUAGAGCCCCUUUGGGAACCCAUGGAGCACCAUAGGGAUCCCAACGUUUUCUAUUCCCCCGAGUCCAAUAGUCUAAAGUUAAAAACCCUCAAAAUAUUGGCGGGGACACCACAGGAAUCUAAGAAAAAGGUCACCGGCGGGUCACCGGGAGCCACUAAGAAUCACAGGUCCAUCAAGGGUGUGAGUAAAAGCAACGGAAAAGCAGCAGUAGGCGAAUCUGGUCAUGCGAACAUGCCUGCUUAUAAUGAGGACUCUCGCUCCGCCUUCUUUGAUAAAAAGUAUAAUAAUCUGAGCACUUUAGGCAAUAACGGACCGACACACAAAAAGUUAUAUCGUCACAAAUCCAGCUCCAAGGCCCUGAGAGAUGAGAAGUGUAAGGGAAAGCGUGUGGAGCGAGAACAGGUCCACAAGGAUGAGGCUGGGACAGCUUCUUUUGAAAAACUGAGGGGUUCCGACUACAAUCACCUAAAAGCAGAAACAGCAUUUGGGGUUUUACCUGUGUUUGAAGAAGAGGCUCGCAUUUUCCAGAAAGACAUUUGAUGUUUGUAUUUUAUAUCUUUCAAACUAUGCCUUGUGGUAUGUAUGUUGACAUGUAAGUGCUUAAAGAAAUGAAUUUUAAAGUGUGGGAAUAAGUCUUUGGAAGCAAACUUUAAUCCGAUGUUCUAUGUAAAAGACUUUAAAAGUCACACAGUUGCACACGUAGUUUAUGCGGUAUUUACCCAAGGGGGAAAAAAAAAAGGAAAACAUUGUGCCAAACUACAAACAAGUGACUCUAUUGUAUAUAUUUUUACUUCUAUAUCAACAUUUGGUUGUGAGUAUUUGGGGAGCUUGUCCCUGUUGAUUUACUAGAAACAUUCCAGUGAUUCUCGCUAUUAACAACCCCACUUAUGUGGAUAGCACCUAUAGAUCACAGUGGAAAUACAUGCUGUGCUAUACAAUUUUACCAAAACUUAAAGGAUACGGUUUGAGACGUGCCAAAUUUCCUUACUUCAUCUCACAGAUUCACCCCAGUUUAAAGCUCAUUAAUGAUUUUCUCAAUAUAUAUAUGUGUGUGUGUGUGUGUGUGCGUGUGUGCGUGCGUGUGCGUGUGUGUGUGUGCGCAUACAUAAUUUAAAAUUUUAAAACUCUGCUGUCCUGUGUGGAAACAUGAAGAAUUAAACAUCGCACAAUAAAGGUUUGUUUGUUCCAUUGUCUAAAGGUUAAAAUGUUGGAAAAGUCUGGAAGUCACAACACCUUAGUCCAUCAAGGACCCAAGUAUAUACAUUUACAGAACCUUUUACAAAGAGACAAAACAGCUGCUUUAAAGUUUGUUUUCUAAAAGCAAAAUCUGUAGCUGAAAAUUAUUUAAAGUGCAAAGUUAUAUUGCUGAUACUUUAUAUCUCAGUUUUAUAUAUUUUAUAAUAGUCUGGGAUAAAUUAUAAAAUAGCUAUAAAAUCAACACUAAUGAUAGAUGAAGUACAUAGAUUGCUUUUAUUUAAGUAGUUUCCUAAAUGUUUUGUUCCAGUUUUGUCAAGUGCAUUCAUAUCAUGGCUUUAGUGUUCUUUAAGUGUUUAAUCUUGCAAUGCCAAUGUAAUUUAAAGAAAAUGUUAAGGCAUCUCAGUUCGACUCCUACGAGUUACGUACAUGUAUCAGAUAAGCUGAACAAUUUGUGGUAACAACUAAUUCGGGCCAUUUAUACUUAGUCUGAGGAUGACUAGUACUUGAUGCCACACGCUAAAUUUAUAUUUCGAUUUUUAUAGAAAUUUCUGAAAUCAUAUUUUUAUUCAGUCCUACCCCCCUUUUUUAAAUUUCACAGCUCCGACAUCUCUCGCUACUAGCUUUUCCUUCCUCUUUAUUUACUGCUUGACUUCUAACAUUUGAUCUAUUUUCCUUGCACAGUUGAAGGCCUCUGUGUCUGAUGACUGAUGCAUUAUGGCACAGAUGAGAUGAUGGAUGUGAAAGCGCUUUGUAGAUCGUAAAGUGCUAUACAGAUAUAGGGGAUUAAUAUUAUUAAUGUUGUUGGUUGUUGUUGUUGUUAAUCUUACUAUUCUUACUAAUAUUGUUACUAACCUAUUAACUUGUGAAUAUAUAGGCUGUGGGUGGGAGGGUGGAGAAUAAGUGGGUGGGGAAAGUGGGUUUUAAAAAAGGGAAGAUGUUUCAAAAGGAAAAAUUUAAGCAAAAUAUGAACCUACCUAGUUAUUGCCACCUAAAUAUAUUCACAAACAGACAAGCAACAUUUGAAAGUAGUCAGAGAAAAAUGGAAGGUAGCCUGUCACGUAUACUAGUAUACACACUUCUCAGUCCAUGAUGCCUUUCACCAGCCUGCUCUGCUACUUACGGCUAGGUAGUCAAAUGAACAAGCCUGUGUUCUUGAUGGUGUGAUUGCGUGCGUAUGAGGAGCAUUUUGUGAAGCUGCUUCAGACCUGUUCCUAGGCUUUGAUGCUCUGUGUGUGAUGAGUCCUGGAAAAUUACUGGAAAGGCACCAGAUGAUACGUGUCUCCUGCUCUACAGCUGCCACCCAAAAGGGAAAAUAAUCAAACUGGAACGCUUUCUUCUUUUCGUCCACUCUGCUAGCUAGCUGUCUGUACUAAAUUCUAUGGCUGGCUCCUAGGAACUGGUCUUUGUUUUUUUAGUUGUUAUGAUUUGCAGCUGAAUUUUGGUUUGGAAUCACUAACUCUGCCUAUACUGUGAUCCCCAAGACUCCAGACUUCAAAGUCGCCUGCUGGUAAUGAAAGAAGAAAUAAAGGAAAUUUUCCAUGAA